AUGAUUGAAAAACCUGAAUAUGUCCACCAAAAAGCUGUAUCUAGAUAUCAAACGACUGAAAAAGUUAUUUCACCGAAGGAUUCCGAAGAGCUUCGAAAAACAUCGAGUGAAGAAAAGCCUUCACCCGAAGAAAGCUCGGAAGUUUCCGGAAUGAGAAGUCCGUCGAAACGUGAGAUGACUUCUCGGGGCAGAACAUACGAAACACUGGAAAGUUCGUCAGCCAAGUCCAGCAGCGAAUCAUCCAGACAUGCAGGAAAACUUUCUCAGCCGGAAUUUUCUUCCAGUGCAGAAGGCUCUUGUUCCUGUCAAGAUUACGGUUCAUUUGAAGAAUCACAGACAUUUACGACAGAUGAAAGUUUAAAUCCAGAAAUCCGACAGGCUCUUGAAUCGGCAGAAAGAAGAAGACAAGAAUAUCUAGACAAAUACCGUGAAGUGAAAGCUAAGAGCGAAUCGCGAAGAGACGACCCCACGUCACCCGACAGUGAAUCAUCCAGUAGUAUAUUCACUGAGAGGGAGACAUCAAGGAGCGAAGUUUCUACCAGUAGCUCCAACCGUGUCGCCAAAAGUGAGACGGAAGAAGAGGAAAGCUCCGAAUAUGUGACAGCAACUGACCACUCGCCUCAUUCUCCGCAGAGGACAGCCAUCAGAAAGAAGGGUCCAUCUGAAGAUGACGUUCCUACAUCUUUCGAAAGUUUCAGUUCUCCCUCCAAAAGCUCUGGUUACGUACAAGCUAAAUCAUCAGGAUCAUCACCAUCACUUUUGCAGGAGGGUGGUAUAAUACCCCUUGACCAACAAAGAGAAGGUUCACCUCGACUAACAACUGAUGCAGACGAUGCAAGUAUUUACUUAUCGGCUGCCCUACCUCCAGACGACCUCGAAUCAUCAGACGAAUCCACGAAGAAAGAGACUCCGCCCACUACGCCUUCCACAGAAUCCGAAGAGGGUUACACCCCGUUCCAUAAAGCCCAUCAUGACACUAGCGGAACUCCUGACUCGGACAGAACGAGCGACAUAACGGCCCUCUUCGAUCCCUCUCCUGAACCCCUCUCAAGCCUUCAAGAACCCCAGACUGUCAUAGAAAUUCGCAGCGAGGCUACCUCCGAAGAAAUUCUGUCCAUGGGUAACGAUGACGAUGAUAUGGAUAAAAUCGAUGAUGAAGAUAGCUUCCCAAGAGGAAAUGGUAGUCGCAGUGAUCGAGGCGGUUCCGAAUCGUCGGAAAGUUCCAGCGUCCUUUCCGGCCUUCAGGACAUGGAGAACGUCGUGAAAUACGGAGGUGGCAUGGAGCGCUUACAAAUGGGUUCUUACGUGCCGCUCGAUAUCAGAAAAGCCGAUGAACUAUCGACAGUUUCCGAAGUCUCCGAAGAAAGCAGUAAAAACGGAAUGAUUCGAGUACGAAAAAAGAAGUCAGACCGCAAAGCUUCAGAGGCGUCUUCGAUAUCAGAGGACCACCAGAGUCGUUUUGGUACCCCUAAAGGAGCACUAUCCUCCAAACGCUCGUCCUCUUCCGAAUACAUUCCCUCCGAGACGACUACCCCCGACAGCACGACGUCUGGAAGCUUCGUCCUUGAUAAUGGAUCCUACACGGAGAACGGUUCCUAUAAUAGUCUGUCCAAUCACGAUGCUAAGACAACAGAGGAAUCCUCCAGUCAGAUGCUUGGGGAAGAAAGCAAGGAAAAGAAUGGCAGUAAGACAAGAACCGAAAGUGAGUCAGCAAGUGAAAGUUAUAAAGAAAGUAAAUCUUCAAAGACACCGCUUCCACCUGAAGAAGAUUCACAAGGGAGGACUGAAAGAAGCAACGGAGAGCGGCCAACAACAUCCUCUCCAGCCCACAGUGCCACCAGUGACCUCUCCGAGAAACUAGUCUCCCUGACGCUAUCUUCCUCUUCCUCUGUGAGUCACAAAAUCCCUAGGGAUGGGGAGGCUCACUGGGAAAGAAAUCACUACCCUAAUCAAGCCUUAUCUGCCUGGUGCAGCGAAGGAGCGAUCCCGAAACAAAAACACCCCGAAGAAGGGAGGCGGAAGAAGGAUCGUCUGAGGAACAGAUCUGAACCAAGGGAGCACGUUACUUCUCUUCAGUUUUCUCGAGCAGAGCGCUCAAAAUCAAGAUCUAAAAGUCGCAGCCCAGAGAACAAACUCAGUGAUGAAGAAACGGGUCCUUGGUUCCGAGGCAGAGCCCCUGCGCCCCUCUGCUCCCACUGUGGGGGCCACGCACCUCCCCGAUCAGCCCCGCCCGACUGGGACAGGGGUUAUCCACGAUUCUGGGAGGGUCAUGGUUCACACCAGCCGAUGAUGUGGCGCCAGAGGGAAUACAGGGAUCCAGUCAUGGGUUACAGUGGUCAUGGACGAUAUUCGGGCUCAUCAUAUUCCGGAAGUCAUUAUCAUGUACCAAGAUCGUGGUCUUCUGACUCGUCCAGUGCGGGUCCUGCUGCCAUGGCCUUGGAAAUGGAAAUGUACCCAGAUGAGGAUGAGGAUGCAGGAGUUUAUUCUGAAACCUAUAGAGCUUCGUCGUGGAUAUACAUUUCAGACGCGGACGAACUUGCUGUCUGGAAGCAACAUAUGGAACCGAGAGAGGAAUCUGAUUCGACGGGUCCAGGUCAUCCUCCCCUGCAGCGGGCAGAUUCGACGGAAUCCACUUCUUCAGAGCACGAGUUUCUCAAACAAUACGAAAUCGUCACCCAUCGGAUGAUUCAGCGAAAGUGCAGCGUCGAAAUGUACAAGCGUUUUGCCAACAGGACCUUUGAAGUCGAUAAAAGAAUCACAGUUCAAAGAAAUAACGGAGAAUUCGGCUUCAAGAUUCAUGGGAACAGACCUGUUGUUGUGUCAUCUAUAGAAAAAGGUACACCGGCAGAGACAAGUGGUUUGGAAGUAGGAGAUAUCAUCAUUUCUAUCAAUGGCCUUAAUGUUCUGGAAGCUCCUCAUGGGGAUGUGGUUCGUUUAGCCCAUACUGGCACAGAUGUUUUAAAAAUGGAAGUGUGCAGGACAAUUCACGUCUUAGCGCCGGUGUUGAACGAUCUCCCGCCGCCCCCUGUGUAUUCUGGUUAUCUGCAAAGAUUAAGUGCCCGUAGUCGCCGGUGGUGUCGACGGUGGUUUGCAGUCAAACUAGAUGGCGUCCUGUACUGGUACAGAACCAGCAAGCACGACCAUGAGCCACUAGGUGCCCUGGCGCUUCAAAACCAGACAAUAAGCCGCGUCCCGGAAGCCGGGGCGCCCCACGCCUUCAAAGUGUCCAAGUUCGGAGAAAGCCCCUAUUACUUUUCUGCCGAUGACGAGGACACCGCCACAAGAUGGAUCAGUGCCUUGAAUCAAGUAGCUGCAACGGCUUCACGGGUGGACCCAUAUGUGGACGAGAGCCUACGCAACGCCCAACUUCCUUCAAUAUCGAUACCGAAUGUUGACUGCGAGGGUCCCCUCAGCAAGUACAGCAAUCGUUGGAAGACCUGGCGCAGGCGCUACUUCCUCUUGAAGGAUGCUUCCCUUUACUUCUACACCGACCGCAACGCCAAAGUUGCCUUAGGUCUGUUUCAGUUGCAUGGUUACAAGGUCCAAAGUAGCAGUUGUCACGGACAAAAGAAUGCAUUUGAAGCCGUGCCACCAGAGCCCAGAUACAAAUAUCUUUACUUCCUAGCAGACACUGAAAACGAGAAGAAAAGGUGGUUAUCAGCGUUAGAUUAUUCAAUAGACAGAUGGAUCAAAAUUGGAUAACGACAAAGACUUUAGCUUCUAAAGAAUAAUCUCCAGUAACUUGAUAUUCAAUAAUAAAAAAUCUGUGGUCCAAUUAAUAUGCUCAGAACUUGAGGAAAACGGCGGACACUGCGCAGAUGUUCGCUGUAAAUUCAACAUUAUAUUGAUGAGUGGCAUUUUAAAUAAGUGUUAAAAGAACUCAGAGUGAUAAAAAAAAUUGUUGGAAUCUUUAUGUAUAUUGCAUAAUGUAGAGUAAUUUAUAAGUUUGAUGGAGCUAUGUUUGGAGUAUGAUAUGUUAUUAAUGUAUAUGUAUACAGAUAUCUAUAUAUAUAUAUACAUGUAUGUGCAUUUUCUCAGCUGUAAUUGGAACUGUAUGUUAUUCUUGAUGGCUUAGGAUUUAUUUAAAAUAACGCCCUUAUAUGAAUGUUACUGAGGAUUUCAAGCAUAAGUACAAGCAGUACUUUAUGGAAUAAUGUGCAGUAUCAAAAAAAAAAAAUGGAUAACUGCGCUGACCAAUCAUAUAAGCGCUUGAAAUACCGUAUCAAGAAAUCGUUUGGCUCUUUUUCUUUUCUGCGUACGCGAACGUGGAAAGAAAAAUGAAAGAAUAAAAAAUAAUUCUUUUACGCUGGAAUUAAUUCUGAUAUGAAUCAGAACAACUUGAUUUAAAAUAUUUGGCAGAAUUUUGGCUUAAUUUUGAUAAACAUCUGUAUGGUUCUUAAGAAAUGGCGUUGAAUUUCGCACGACUCUAAUGAGAAUGGAUUCACCAAUGGUAUGGUGUGGUUUCAUUCUCAAAAUAAGCCCAAAGCGAAUAACAACUUAUCGUCAAUGUAACUGCGCAUGCGUUAACGUUGUCCAGUGAGUGCUGUGUAAUGCCUCUGAAGACGAUGAAUUUAGUUUCCGAAUUCUAAAUGAAGGUGAAAAUUCGUGGAUACAACACCACUUUUCCUUUAUUUUUUUUAAUUUAAUUCAUCAACUAGACCGCAAAUGAAAGGUGGCCAGAUUGUAAUUUCAAUGAAAUAAUUGUUUUGUUUUGUUUUUACUUUAGUCGGAUUCCUUUGUAUAAUCAAAAUAACAUACACACUGCCUUUUCAAAAAAAAAAUGGACAUUCAUAUGAUCUUAUGUGGGGAAAAAAAUAGCUCUUGUAUGAAAAUACAUCAUAAAGUCGAGUGUGUAUUGUAUACAUCUAUUUGUAAACAAAUGUAUUUUCAUGCAUUUUAUUCCAGUUAUAAUUAUUGGACAAAAUUUGAAAGAUUAUGGCAGUUUCAAACUAAGAAUUUCAUACCUAAGAGAAAGUAUUAAAGAAUGUGUAACAUAUUUAUCUACAGUAUUACAAAUUUCAGAGCUUCUAAAAAAAUAAAUUAUCAAGAAAUAAUAUCCAAUGAGCAGUUUGUGUAGAUUAGAUUAUAUUUAAAUUUGGGGUUUUAGAUAUAGUUUAUAAUAUCCCAAAAAAGUACAAUAUUUACAGAAAAUAUCAUUAGAGAAACCAGAGUAUCAUGCGAAAAUUAGAUUUGUUCAAUAAAGGCCUUUUAAAUAAAAAACAACCCCAGAUUCGAAUUUUCUUUUCUUUUCUUUUCUUUUUUAUAACAUAUGUUUAGACGAACUUUAGAAAUUUAAAUUUAUAUAAAUUAUUUUAAACCAAGUGAUGUCAUCAGUAUUUUUAAUGGGAUAAUCAGUGGAAAUGAGGAAAAUUACGUCAAAAAAAAACAGAAGAUUACUGAAUAUGCAAAUUAGUAUUAAAUCGAAUUAUCAAUUUUUAAAACUUGCUCCUUAUUAUACGCAUGAAAAUGAAAAGAUAAUGACUGAAAAGAAUUUUCAGCAUAAAAUAAUGAGUAAAU